AUGGUUCCUGCUAAUCUUUUGUUACUUCUAUUGAUUUGGUUGUUGGUGGUCUUUAACCUUGAUUUUGCAAACUCAAGAGAGUUUCAGUUUCAAAAACAUACUUAUGACUUGCCUUCACCUAGUACCGGUUGUGUUAUAAAUUGCACAAAGUGUCCAUAUCCAUGCCAAAGUCUCCCACCGCCACCUGAUUCUGGUGGUUACCCUCUGUAUGGAACUCCACCUCCACCUUCUCCAGGUUCCAGUUACCCUUCAUACAGAGCUCCACCACCACCAUCAGCACCAGCUCAACGCGGUUGUCCCCCUGGUCCUGUUCAGUGCUGCCAUUACCCGCCUCCUUCGCCUCCAAAUACCUACACUUACAUUCCUGACGCCAACCAUUCUCCUUUACCUUACUUGCCUCCCUUUUUCUUUUCAUUAGUGACUCUGUCAAUGCCAUUUGCCGUCUUGUUCUAG